AUGGAUAGAGUUGAUGUAGGUGAAGAUGUUGAGACUAAGCCUCAGAAGGGAAUUUUAUUUAACUCAGAGAAUGAGGCUUAUGAUUUCUAUAACAGUUAUGGAGUAACAGUGCGUUUUAGUAUUAGGAAAGGUUAUGAUCAUUGGAGCAACAAAGAUACGACCGUCAUGACAAACAGAAAAUUUGUAUAUAGUAAAGCUGGUUCUCAUGGAAAAGAUAAGAGAUAUGGUCUUACAAGUAAAUCUCAAGUUGAAACAAGAACAGAAUGUCAAGCACGGAUGACCAUAUAUUUGAUAGAAAAUGGAAAGUACGAGUGUCGUGAUUUAGUUGAAGAACAUAACCAUGAACCUCACGUUGAGGAUAUUAAAUAUAUUCCUGAUACUUAUAUUUUGCGACUAUGGACACGGUCAGCAAGAAGCACGAUAAUAGAAGACAGUAAAGGGAAACAAAUUGUAGAAUAUGUAAACCUAGACUAUACUCAACGAUAUAGGCUUCUUUGUCCACAACUUGUGAAGAUAGCAGUGAAAGCUUCAAAGAGUGCUAAAGGAUUUGAUUUGGUCAAAAAAGCCUCUAAAGAAUUAUAUGAACAACUUCAAAGUAUCACUAAGUCUGAUAACCAACUUGAUGUUGUGCCUACUGAGGUCCCAAUUGUAAAUCCUAUUCUGGUAUUGAAGAAGAAAAAAUCUUGUAAAAGUGGUAAAUGGAAGAAGAGUUGGGUUGAAAAACAAGGGAAAAAAAAGAAAAGUGGAGGACCGAAUAUCAUUGAAGCUUCACCUCCUGAACCAUUUGAUGAAUUUUCAGUAUCGAAUAUGAUGCCAAUUAGUUUCAUAGAAGUCUUAUUGGGAACUUAUAGGCAAGCUCUUUCACAGUUAUCCUCAAGCAUCAACAACACAUAUGCAUCAUUUUGA